GAAAUAACCAGAAAAAUAAAAAUCGAUAAAAAUGUUUGUGAUAUUAAUCCUAAUGAUCAGUAGUGUUCCAUCAUUAUUUUUGAUUGGAACAAUCAAUGCUAUUGGUAGCAUACCAUCAUCAUCAUUAACAUUAUCACGAACAACAACACAUAAUAGUGACAAUAAUGAUGAUAAAAAUCAAUCAUCAAAUGCAACAUCAACUGUAUAUUUUCAUCAAUAUUUGCCAAAUAAUAAUAAUAAUAAUGAUAGCCAACAACAACAACAAUCUUCACCACCAUCAACAACAGCAAAAGAAUUGAAUCUAAAUUCAUCUGAAAGUAGAAAUUUUUACAAUAGUUAUGAUCCAUGGACAUUAGAUGAUCCAAAUAUUAAACAUUAUCCACCAAUACCAAUGGAUAUUGUACGUAAUAAUCCACGUGAUGAUGAUGAUAAUGAUGGACAAGCAGGUGAUUAUGAUGACGAUAAUGAUGAUAUCGAUAAUGAUGAUGAACAACGACAAUCACCAACAAAUGAUAAUCAAGGAGAUGGAACGGAACAUGAUAAUGGCCAAGAUGAUAAUGAUUUCGAUAUACCAUGGAAUAAUGAUGAUACAUCAGAAUUUGAUCAGGAUAAUUCAGCAUCAUUCAAUAUACCAAGCCGUGUGGAAGCAUUAAAAGGAUGUAAAACGGUUUACAAAGAAAUUUCAGCAUCAUUACCUGGACAAUCAGCAACAACGAACGGUAAUAACGUAAUGAGUGAUGAUGAAUUUCGUAGACGACGUAAAAAACGUAGUUUGGAUAAUGAUGAUGAUGAUGAUAAUGAUGGAAAAUUAGCUGCUGCUGCUGCUGCUAAACGAGGUUCGUACAUUAUGACACGUGAAUGUCAUUUUAUUGAUGGUGAUAAAAAUAAACAAAAAAUUAAUCCAACAACAACAACGAAAACAUCAUCAAAUAUUCAUCAACAAGGAACAAAUACUGGUGAAUCAAGAUUUAUACCGAUUAAUGCUGAUUAUCCUCGUUAUCCACGUAAUGGUAUAAUGAUGAAAUCAAUACCUCAACAUCAAUAUCAUCAUCAUAAUAAUAAUCCAUUUUCACAUAAUCAUCUUUAUUAUAAUAAUAAUCAUCAUGAUUCUCGUCAAACACCAACAUCGCCAACAUCUUCAGCAUUUAGCAAUAGUGAUGAUAAUGAUAGUGGCAGCAGUGGUAUUUUAUCAUCAUCAAGACGACGACGAACACCAAAUUAUUUAGAAUCAAAUCGUGUUGAUCCAUUUUCAUUUCAAUCAGAACGAAGACCAAUAAAUUCAUAUGGUGAUUCUAAAUAUAAAUUUCGUCAUACAUCAGCUGCUGAUUCAAAUGUACCAUCAUCAAAUGGUGGUGGUGGAGGUGGUGGUAAUAAAGGCAUUACAAAACGUUAUUCAACUAGAUUUAAUUAUUUUCAUCAACAACCAACGAAAAAAACUAAUUUAAUUCCAGCUAGAAAUUAUGAUCAUGGACAAGCGUCUAUUCCAGAUACUAACUCUGCUCAUUUAGGUUCUUCAGAAUUUAAUGAUGAAAAUGUUAAUGAUCUUGGUAAUGAUGAUGCACCAGAUGAUCCGGAUGAUACAGAUCCCGAAGAUUUAUUACUGCAUAAUGAUGUAAAUGAUUUUGCAUCAUCAUCAUCAUUAUCAACACCAACAAAAAUUCAUGGACAAAGACGUUUAUUAUUAGCUGAUGAUGAUGGUUUUGGCGAUGGUUACGAUGAUGGCGGUGAUGAUCAUAGUGGUGGUGGCGGUGGUGGUGGUGGUGAAGCCAACAAUGAUGAUGAUGAUUAUUCGGUAAGCUUUGGUGGUGGAAAAUUUGAUUCUUAUGACUACGAUUCAAACAAUAAAAAUAAAAACAAGGAUCAUGAUGAUCAUGGUGGACAAGGCGAUAAUUCGGAUGGUGGUGGUGGUGGUUCAGCCGAUUAUGAUGGAGAUGAUGGUGGUCAAGGUGAUGAUUAUUCGGGCGAUUAUGAUUAACGAAUUUAUGCAACACAAAAAAAAAUAUCUAAUUUGGAUCGAAAAUCAACACGGUACACAUCAAAACAUUAAACAACAUCAACUAUAUCAACUAUAUUCAUUCAUUCAUUCAU